AUGGAUUACGAUUCUCUGAAGCAUUACAACGAGCUGGACAUAGACCAGUAUCUGAACAUAUAUUUUUCAGCUUCAGAGAAUAAAGACAUUUUACAGGUGUUAGUUACCAAUCCAAUGGAAAAGGUUCACCAGUUUUUUUCCUCCGAAUCUAUUAGCGGAGACACCCUGAUUCAUAUAAGUUAUGGUCCUGUAGUCCAUCUACUGUUUCCAGCUUGUCAGUACUUUAAAGAAAUUAAAAUUCUAGACUGUAAUGAGCAUUCUAUCAAGGCACUGAGAAAGUGGAAGAAUAAAGAUCCGGACGCCCAUGAUUGGUCUUUUGCUGCACAAUUUGCUGCGAAGCAAGGAGAUGGAAGCUCCUCUUCGUGCAUUGGCUACUCAUCACUGAUGGUGACAACGUCCGUUCAAUGCAUUGCAGCCUUGCAGCAGCUGGGCCCAGAACAACUGGAGAUGGAUGGGAGCCAGCCAGAAAGGGCUCUUUACCAUUCAAUCUGCCAGACAGCUGGGGCCACUCCAUUUGACCAUGCCAGUGCAGAGUGGUCCACUCGAUUUCAGGAUAUAGAAGAUAUGACAAGAGGGAAAUUGAAUAUUGAGAAGAGUGAUCUUGUCAAGGAAAACCCAACAUCCCUUAAAGAGCUACCCCAGGCGGACUGCGUCAUCUCUUCUCUAGCCCUGGAUGGCAUUAGCAAAGAUAGUAACGCGUUUCGCAUAAACCUGAAAAAUAUGUCAUCUGUGCUUAAAGCUGGGGGUCACUUGUUAUUGUUUGGAGAAAUGAACACAUCUUUUUUCACUGUGGGGAAUGAUAAGUAUUAUGUCUUCAAAUAUGAUGAAGGAUUUUUUAAAAAUUCUUUACGUGAUGAAGGGUUUUUAAUUAAAAAAUUUGAAGAGGUGGGAAUAGAAAAUCUGGAAAAAUUCUCUAAUGCUACAAGAAGAGUGUUUGUUGUUGCCCAAAAACAGUGA